AUGGCGGAUAUUGAACCUCAUGCUCGCCCCAGCCUUGACCGGGGGGCGCAAACAACUCUCGAGAAGUCGGCCUCCCAAGUAAUAGAAAGAGAAGAGCAAGAUGAUUUCCUCGACGAGAAAUUCCCAGAGGGAGGCCUUCGCGCUUGGCUUGUGGUUCUGGGAUCAUGGUGUGCAAUGGUUCCAUCCAUGGGCCUUUUGAAUACCAUUUCGGUCCUUCACGCGUGGACCUCGACACACCAGCUCGCGAAUUAUUCCGAUUCCAGUGUUGGGUGGAUCUUUGGCGUCUUCAGCUUCUUCCUGUAUUUUGCGGGGGCCCAAGUGGCAGCUUAUACUUUGGUAUCAAUAGGUCCGAUUUUUGAUAGCCGUGGCCCGCUGCCAGUGGUAGUUCCCGGAUCUAUCGGCUUGGUGGUCGCUGUUUUCUGUUUCAGUGCAAGCACAGAAGAAUACUACCAAAUCAUGCUCUCAUUCAGUGUGCUUGGCGGCCUCUCAUCUUGCUGCCUCUUCACACCUGCUAUCGCCGCUAUUGGUCACUGGUUCAAUGUCCGCCGUGGCCUCGCCACCGGAAUCGCUUGUACGGCCGGCGGACUCGGGGGCGUUUUCUUCCCCCUAAUCAUACUCUAUAUCGCCCCGAAACUCGGAUUUGCCUGGGCCCUGCGCAUUAUCGGAAUUAUCUGUUUCGUCCUUUGCGGCUUUGCGUGCCUCUUAUUGAAGACACGUCUUAAACCCGACGCGAAGCGCGGCAUGGCGAUCGACCUUCACGCCCUCCGAGAGCCCAACUACGCACUGACCACACUCGCUGUCUGGCUGGUCGAAUUCGCAGUAUUCGUCCCAUACACCUAUAUCUGCUCAUACGGACUGUAUGCCAACAUCGGCGAGUCCCUCUCAUACAAGCUAGGUAUCUUCCUCAACGUCGGAGCCAUCCCAGGACGUGCAUUCCCUGGACUCCUCGCGGAUCGAAUUGGGCGGUUCAACGUCAUGGCAUUGACAGCGCUAGUAUGCGGCAUUAUGACUCUUGCAUUGUGGUACAAGGCUGGUACAAGUGAUGCCGCCAUCAUCGCAUAUGCGGUUCUGUUCGGCUUCUGGAGUGGUGCGGCCAUCAGCUUGACGCCUGUGUGUAUCGCGCAGGUGUGUCGGACGGAGGAUAUCGGCAAGAGGAAUGGGACGACCUUUACGCUGGUUAGCUUUGGAACCCUGACUGCUAUUCCCAUCGCAGGAGCGAUUCAAGAGAGCAAUGGGGGAGAGUUCUGGGGGUUGAUCAUCUUUGGAGGGGUGUUGUACCUUGCGGCGUGUGCUGCGUUUGUGGUUGCGAGGGGAGUUGCAGGGGGUUGGGGGAUGAGGGUCAAAUUUUAG